CAUCCGAAUCUCGAAUGUAAACAAAACAAAACGUUUAAAAAACUCGAUAAAUCGUUCGGGCGGACGGGUUUUCUACAAUUAAUUUAGGAAAAGUGACCGUAAUCGGAGUGAUUUUAUCGUAUUUCAAACGUAAAACAGUGCACUAGUUUCCGUAAAAGAUGGCCCACAUACCGGCUACCUCGUUGGGUAGCAAAAACAAGAAACAUUUUCUGGGUGUUCCGGCUCCGCUCGGCUAUGUUGCUGGUGUAGGUCGAGGUGCAACCGGUUUCACUACGCGGUCCGAUAUUGGUCCGGCUCGGGAUGCUAACGAUGUUUCGGAUGAUCGCCAUGCACCGCCUGCGACGAAACGGAAGAAAAAGGAUGACGACGACGAGGACGAUGAGGAUUUGAACGACUCGAAUUAUGAUGAGUUUAGUGGAUAUAGUGGAUCUUUGUUCAGUAAGGAUCCUUACGAUAAGGACGAUGCAGAGGCUGAUGCCAUUUACGAGAGCAUCGACAAGCGGAUGGAUGAAAAGCGCAAGGAGUACCGUGAGAAACGACUGAAGGAAGAUUUGGAACGAUAUCGACAGGAGCGGCCGAAAAUUCAGCAGCAAUUUUCGGAUUUGAAGCGUAAUUUGAUUAUGGUAUCGGAGGAUGAAUGGGCAAAUUUGCCGGAGGUGGGAGACAGUAGGAAUAAAAAGCAAAGAAAUCCGAGGGCCGAAAAGUUUACGCCACUUCCGGAUAGUGUGUUGUCGAGAAAUUUGGGUGGCGAAACUACGAGUACGAUUGAUGGGAGGUCCGGGUUGGCUUCGAUGAUACCGGGAGUGUCGACUCCUGGAAUGUUAACGCCUAGCGGAGAUUUGGAUCUGCGGAAAAUUGGUCAAGCUAGAAAUACACUGAUGAAUGUUAAGCUGUCGCAAGUUUCUGACUCGGUUGCUGGACAAACUGUAGUAGACCCUAAGGGUUAUUUGACCGAUUUACAGAGUAUGAUUCCCACUUAUGGUGGCGAUAUUAAUGAUAUCAAGAAAGCGAGAUUGCUGCUGAAAAGUGUUCGGGAAACUAAUCCGAAUCAUCCACCAGCUUGGAUUGCUAGUGCCCGUUUAGAGGAAGUCACUGGAAAGGUUCAGAUGGCCCGUAAUUUAAUCAUGCGUGGUUGCGAAGUUAAUCCGUUGAGUGAGGAUCUCUGGCUUGAGGCUGCCAGAUUGCAGCCUCCGGACACCGCCAAGGGAGUGAUAGCUCAGGCUGCAAGACAUAUUCCAACUUCAGUCAGGAUUUGGAUUAAGGCAGCAGAUCUCGAGACGGAAACCAAGGCUAAGAGAAGAGUUUUUCGGAAGGCUUUGGAACAUAUUCCUAACUCAGUACGUCUGUGGAAAGCAGCCGUUGAAAUGGAGAAUCCGGAGGAUGCCAAAAUCUUACUGUCCCGUGCUGUUGAAUGUUGUAACACUAGCGUAGAACUGUGGCUUGCACUGGCUCGUUUGGAAACGUACGAAAAUGCUCGAAAGGUAUUGAACAAAGCACGUGAAAAUAUUCCAACCGAUCGACAAAUUUGGACCACGGCUGCUAAGUUGGAAGAAGCUAAUGGAAACAAUCACAUGGUUGAAAAAAUUAUCGAUCGUGCGUUGUCUUCGUUGAGCGCAAACGGAGUCGAAAUCAAUCGGGAUCAGUGGCUGCAGGAAGCGAUGGAAGCUGAGAAAGCUGGAGCGAUUAAAUGUUGCCAGGCAAUUGUUAAGGCUGUUAUUUCGAUUGGUAUCGAUGAAGAAGAUCGUAAGCAGACCUGGAUUGAUGAUGCUGAUAACUGCGCAAAGGAGGGCGCUUACGAAUGUGCCCGAGCCGUUUACAACUUCGCUCUUGCUGAAUUCCCAUCCAAGAAAAGUAUUUGGUUGCGCGCUGCUUACUUCGAGAAAAAUCAUGGUACUCGUGAGAGUCUUGAAACUCUACUACAGAAAGCUGUGGCUCACUGCCCGAAGUCGGAAGUUCUCUGGUUGAUGGGAGCCAAAUCAAAAUGGUUAGCUGGAGAUGUACCCGCAGCUCGAGGAAUUUUGUCCCUUGCUUUCCAGGCCAAUCCAAAUUCAGAAGACAUUUGGCUUGCUGCCGUCAAACUUGAAUCGGAAAAUUCCGAAUUCGAAAGAGCUCGACGAUUGCUAGCUAAGGCACGAGCUUCCGCUCCAACCCCAAGAGUCAUGAUGAAGUCAGCCAAACUAGAAUGGGCUCUCAACAAUCUAGAGGAUGCCCUUAGUCUACUAGAAGAUGCAGUCAAAGUAUUCCCAGAUUUCGCGAAACUCUGGAUGAUGAAAGGGCAAAUUGAAGAACAGAAAAAACUUCUGGAGCGAGCCGUAGAUUCCUAUAAUUCCGGGCUUAAAAAGUGUCCCGAUUCCAUCAGCCUCUGGUUGUUGCUGGCAUCUCUGGAGGAAAAACGAAAUCUCCUAACCAAGGCACGGUCAGUCCUAGAACGAGGUCGUCUCAAGAACCCCAAGAAUCCAAUCCUAUGGCUGGCGGCCAUCCGCAUCGAAAUCCGGGCCGGCCUCAAAGACAUGGCUAACACCCUGUUGGCCCGAGCUCUCCAGGAUUGUCCGAACGCUGGCGAACUGUGGGCCGAAUCCAUCUUCCUGGAAGCACGGCCCCAACGCAAAUCCAAAUCGGUAGACGCCCUCAAAAAAUGCGAACACGACCGGCACGUACUGCUAGCCGUUUCCAAACUGUUCUGGAGCGAACGCAAGAUUCAAAAGUGUCGCGAUUGGUUCAAUCGAACCAUUAAAAUCGACCCGGACUUUGGCGAUGCGUGGGCCUACUUCUACAAGUUCGAGCUGCAGCACGGAACCGAGCAGCAGCAGCAGGAACUGAUCGAACGGUGCAUCGCGGCGGAACCGAAACAUGGGGAGGAGUGGUGCCGGGUGAGCAAGGACAUAGCCAACUGGUGCUUCAAAACAGAGGACGUUCUGAAGGCGGUUGUGAAGCAGCUGCCGACGCCGAUCUGAAGCGGAAACGGUACAGUAUGCGCAUCAUCUGGUUAAUAUAAUUUUAAUUUGAGCAAAUA